UAUGAAUGUGCUUGUAAAGCAGGUUGGAUGGGAAUCAAAUGUCGUGAUCAAGAUCCAUGUGAACCAAAUCCGUGUCAACAUGACGGGGAGUGCAGUAUUACUGGUGAUGGGUACAAAUGUAAAUGUAGCAGUGACUGGCAAGGAAGUACAUGCAACAAUUUAGUCCCAAAUGAUAGCUCCCGCACAACAGGAAUCAUAGUUGGGUGUGUGAUGUUAGGCAUUGCAGCAAUCCUGUUAUUCAUACUUAUUGUGAAAUGUCAGUGUAAACAGACAAGUAAAAAUCAAGAGUAUGCAGUCCCUGGUGAUACAAAUACAAAUGGCACCCAGUUCACACAGAGUGUAGUGACAUAUGACAAUUCUGGUUAUGUGCAGGAGGAUGUACCUGUCUAUGCAACAAUUUCCCGUACCCACAAAAAAGAUGAAGAAAACGGCAUUGAAAAUUCUGAAGUGGUUCAAGAUCUGGGUGAUGGUGACACACUAUUGUGAACUGAUACAGCGAAACCCACAAGACCACAACAUAUCCUGACUAUAGCACCAGUUCUGCAAGAAUCAUACAUUAGUUAAAAUGUCAAUUAUACAUGGCAUCUUAUCAUUGUAAUUCAUACUCAGUAAAUCAUUUCUAGUUGAUAGAGUACUAAUAUGUAUUA